GUGGGAGGAGUUAUUAAAUGAAAUUUCAGUCAAAUAUAUGGCAGCUGGUUUCCAAGGACUAACCCUAACUAACCGGAAAUCAAAGUGUUGCCUUUGGAUGACGUCACCGACGCAGCCUGGACUAAUCUCUAACGGCGUUUGGGUCUCCAUCAGGACUUUGGAAUGACAAUAAAAGCCUGCUUAUCUCCCCCAGCAGGUGUGUGGCAGCCCGGUACCGGUACUGCCUGCCGGGCCUGAGAUUAGAACCCUAAAUUAGCGCUCACCUUGUUCAAUUAUCACUUUUAUUGUUUAAUUGGUGCUCUUCCUAUUGAAUUAGCACUCUUAUUGUUGACGGAAAUGAAAAGGCGAACCCGUGACGUCAUCUUUUCAGCGAUGAUGGCACGUGGUCAUCUUGGAAGCUUCUAGACCAGGAGGUCGAAGCUCGGCUAGCUAGACGCUACGAGCGGGCUAGCUUUGUUGUGCUGCUGGCAUGCCUGUUACCGUGGCGACCAGCGGUGACGUAACUCCACCUGCCUGCCCCUGCUGGUGUAAAUUAUGGGAUGGAAAGGGGACACCUGUUCCAGUUAGGUUCCAGCGUGAGGGUGUAGUGUAGCGGCGUGGCCACAGGGGGCGCCCCUUGCUAACGUGAGUGCAUUUUGGGUAACUGCUUUGCCGUCUUUGUUAUCUGCUCUCCAUGUUUGUUGUGGAUGUUUCCGUGUGUAAAGUUCACCAUCUUUGAUGUUAAUCAUUAACCGGGACAUUAAAGCCACCUUUUGCUUCCUGGGACGGAGUAGCACCAUCGCUAACUUUUGCUAAGCUUCUUUAAAUCAGCACUGGCCCCGCCUCCGGCCCCGCCUCCGGCCCCUCCCCUGCGGCUUGUAAUUAGGAGAUUAAGCGGUAAAUCCUGGAGGUCCUCCAUGAAGGAGGAUUUCUCUCAGUUUCACCUGACCACGUUCACACGCUCCAUGUGACCUUUGGUGACCCCACCCACCGCCAACAUCAGCUGAGCGCCUGAAGCCUCGCCGGGCCAGAAGCUCGUCAAGAAGAAGAAGAAGAAGAAGAUGAACGACUACGAAACGCCAGCCUUCGCCUCCGCCAUCUUUGGCUCCUACAGCAACGGCCAUGACGCUCCUGAUGCUAAAGCUAAGUCCAGUGCCAAAGCUGCGUACGGACCAGAUGACGUCUAUUUCCUGCACUCGUCUUCUAAGGAGAAGAGGAGAAGCCAAAGUGAGCUCUGAACCCAGACAAGUGUGGACCAGAACCAGCAUCAACAGUCUGACGGACACGUCUCAGUACCACGUGGAGCACCUGAGCACAUUUGUGUUGGACCGCAAAGACGGGAUGAUCACGGUGGAGGACGGCGUGCGGCGUCUGCGUCUGCUGGACGCCAAAGGGAAGAUCUGGACGCAGGAGAUGUUGCUGCAGGUGGACGAGAAGAGCGUCAGCCUGGUGGACCACGAGAGCAAGAGCGAGCUGGAGCACUUCCCCGUGAGCUCGGUGCAGCACUGCCAGGCCGUCAUGAGCGCGUGCAGCUACGACUCCAUCUUGGCGCUGGUGUGCAAGGACUCGGGUCAGACCAAGGCCGACCUGCACCUGUUCCAGUGCGACCACAUCAAGGCCAACCUGAUCCACGCCGACAUCGAGAGCGCCGUGGUGGACGCCAAAGGAGGCAAAGUGAAGAAACGACCCGACGUCCUCAGGAUGAUCCUGAAGAGCGACGGGGACAUCCCGCCGCCUCCCGCCGCUCCCGCCCCGGAACCUCCGGCCGACCAAGAGUUGUGGUCCGAUCGGCGGCGAGACGAUGAGCGAUGGCGAGCCGAUGACGACGAUGGACCUGCCCAAAUGACGGCUGCCGCUGUGGACCGAGACGUGCAAAUCCUCAACCACAUCCUGGACGACAUCGAGUUGUUCAUCACUAAACUGCAGAAAGCAGCGGAGGCCUUCAGUGAGCUGGCCAGGAGGAAGAAGGCCAAGAAGGGCAAGAAGAAAAGUCCGGGAGAGGGCGUCCUGACACUGCGCUCCAGACCUCCUGGCCAGGAGGACUUUGUGGACUGCCUGCAGAAGUUCAAGCAUGCCUUCAACCAGCUGGGAAAACUGAGAGUUCACAUCCAGAACCCGAGCGCUGAUGAGCUGCUUCACUUCCUGUUCACACCCCUCAGGAUGGUGAUCCAGGCGUCCGGCGGUGUGGAUCUGGCCCGCAGCGUUGUGGUUCCUCUCCUGACCAGAGAGGCCAUCGACUUCCUGCACGCCUCGGGGACAGCGGAGGAGCGCCACCUGUGGGUGACACUGGGAGACGGCUGGACCAAGUGCAGGUUGGAGUGGCCCAGGGACCACCUCUUCCCGCCCUGCACUCUCACCUUCGUGGACGGCUGGCAGCCGCCCGCCCUGGCGGAGGGCGGGGCCAACGGCGAACUACUGGAGGAGCUGGCUGCGGACAGGUACGCCUCAAUUAGCUCCGCCCACCAGCGCACACAGCUCCUGGACCGCUCGGCUGUGGCGGCGUUCCAUCAAGCCUUCGGGCGCCAUGCUGACGGAGGUUUAGGCCCCGCCGGGACGAACCAAAGCAAACUGUUUGCCAAAUCCAAGUACGACUUUGUGGGGAGAAACAACACGGAGCUGUCGGUUCUUAAGGAUGAGGUGGUGGAGGUCCUGGACGACAGGAAGCAGUGGUGGAAGGUGCGGAACGGCGACGGCUCGGUGGGCUACGUGCCAAACAACAUCGUGGAGGUGACCAAGGCGGUGGACGUGACGGGGCGGGGCGAGCCGGUCUACAGUCACACCAUCCAGCUCAUGAUGCCGAGGAAGGAGUUUGAGAUGUUCAAGCAAUUACUGGGCGAGCUUAACGAGAAGCAGACCACCAGGACGGACCACCGGCCCAGCAAGCCUGCCGCCACGCCCAUGCCCCCGGUCCCCACGCCGCCACCUCCGGCCCCCGCCGGGCUCCCCACACCCCCGCUCCCCCCUCCAGCCAUGGAGACCGCCAAGCCUGCCGCCGCCAGCACGACAUCCAGCGAGGCGGGGGGCGGGGCUGAGUCGGACAUCAAAAGCGUCCUUGCCAACCGAAGGAAGUCCAACAUGGAGGAGGUCCAGGACGAGCUCCUGCACAGACUCACGCUCGGCCGCAGCGCUCAGAAGAAGCUUCCCGUCCCCUUCCGCCGUGGCGGCGCCGAGCCUCCCGGGGUCAGCAUCACGUACGAGUCGUCGCCCGACGACGUGCGCGGCUGGCUGGAGGCCAAAGGCUUCAGUGCAGUUACCAUCACCAGCCUGGGCGUGCUGACGGGGGCGCAGCUCUUCUCCCUCAACAAGGACGAGCUGAAGACCGUCUGUCCCGACGACGGCGCUCGAGUCUACAGCCAGGUCACCGUGCAGAAGGCGGCGCUGGAGAGGAGUUCCGGCUCGGAGCUCCAGGAGAUCAUGAGGAGGCGGCAGGAGCUCCUGGCAGCCAGCACAUGUGACUCGGGGGUGGAGUCUUUUGAUGAAGGCAGCACCCACUGACCUCCACAUGACCUCCCUCCCUUCCUUCCUUCCUUCCUUCCUUCCUUCCUUCUCGCCUUCUUCUUGACUUUUCUGCUUUCAAACUGCAGCCUCUCGCGCUUCCUCCCCAGGCGGCGGCUGACCACGCCCACUUUGUGGAGGUCAUGCGGCGUCGGCAGGAGCUCCUCAGCGUGUCGCCAUAGAAACAAAGCAAGCUUCCUGCUCUCCAGAAUGUUCCGGCCUGAUGUGGAUGUUGUUAGCAUUAGCGUUAGCAUAGACCACAAAAAGCCACUUUAACUGCUGCUUUAUUCUGGACGCUAGCUAGUGGCUAUGUUAGCACGGGCAGAUGACCUCUGACCUCAGCGAUUGAUGAGAAAGACAGAAAUGACCACGGGAUUCCGUUCAUGAUAAAAGUGUUCAAAUACUGAAUUUCUACCGUUUUUACUGCGAGCCAAACUGCUGCUUCCUGAAGACGAGGUCAGAGGUCAAGCGGUGAAGGUGGCGGCCAUGUUAGAUAAUGAAGAGGAAAUAAAUGUACAUACGACUCGA